CACCAGGCUGGGAAUAUGGUGGAGGAGGGUAAAAUAGGCCUGGCGUCGGAGACGAUGCUGCGUAUAGGAGUGUCUCGCUUACUUCAGCAUGGCAGCAGACACACUGCUGCCUCCGCCGCCGCUGCCAGUGCCGCGCGCGCUCAGUCAUCGGCUCCGGAGAAGAUAGAGGUUUUCAUCGAUGACAUCCCUGUUAUGGUGCCACCGGGAACUACUGUACUGCAGGCUGCUGCUGAAGCUGGGGUGGAAAUACCAAGAUUCUGCUACCACGAGAGGCUCUCAGUGGCGGGUAACUGCCGUAUGUGUCUCGUCGAGGUGGAGAAGUCUGUGAAGCCUGUAGCUGCAUGUGCAAUGCCAGUGAUGAAGGGGUGGCGGAUUAAAACAAACAGUGAGAUGACGCGUAAGGCUCGUGAGGGUGUGAUGGAGUUCUUACUUAUCAAUCAUCCUUUAGAUUGCCCCAUUUGUGAUCAGGGAGGAGAAUGUGAUCUGCAGGAUCAGUCGAUGACCUUUGGUUCUGAUAGGACUCGCUUCUUGGACACAAAGCGAGCUGUUCAGGACAAGAACAUUGGUCCCCUCGUUAAGACCAUCAUGACAAGAUGUAUUCACUGUACACGCUGUGUUCGCUUUGCAACAGAGAUUGCUGGUGUGGAAGACCUAGGCACAACUGGACGAGGAAAUGACAUGCAGAUUGGAACUUACGUGGAGAAGAUGCUCAUGUCUGAAUUGUCUGGCAAUGUAAUUGACCUUUGCCCUGUGGGAGCCCUCACCUCAAAGAUUUUCCCUGAUGUGGAACUGGCAUGA